AUGUGGCGGGUGUUGUGGACCCUAGUAGCUCGGGCCGCACGUGGGCCUCGCAGAUCGUGCACGCGCCAGGGCAGCGGCGCCCCGGCCCCCGGUUCCGGGGCCACUAUCUUCGCGCUGAGCUCCGGCCAAGGCCGCUGCGGCAUCGCGGUGAUCCGGACCAGCGGUCCUUCCAGCGGCCACGCCCUCCGGAGUCUCACGGCGCCCCGGGACUUGCCCCCGGCUCGCAGCGCCUGCCUGCGCCUGCUCACCCACCCCCAUUCCGGGGAGCCGUUGGACCACGCGCUGGUGCUCUGGUUCCCAGGUCCCCAAAGUUUCACAGGUGAGGACUGCGCGGAGUUCCACGUGCAUGGAGGCCCGGCGGUGGUGAGUGGCGUCCUGCAGGCCCUGGGCAGUGUGCCAGGGCUGCGGCCGGCCGAGGCUGGUGAGUUCACCAGGCGGGCAUUCGCUCACGGGAAGCUGAGCCUGACCGAGGUGGAGGGGCUAGCGGAUCUAAUUCAUGCAGAAACCGAGGCGCAGCGGCGGCAGGCGCUGAGGCAGCUGGACGGGGAACUGGGCCACCUCUGCCAUGGCUGGGCCAAGACUCUCACUAAGGCUCUGGCUCAUGUGGAGGCCUAUAUCGACUUUGGUGAGGAUGACAACCUGGAGGAGGGCGUCCUGGAGCAAGCUGACAGCCAAGUGCGGGAGCUGGAGCUGGCACUGAGCGCACAUCUUCGAGAUGCCAGGCGCGGGCAGAGGCUUCGCUCAGGAGCGCACGUAGUGGUCGCAGGACCCCCCAACGCUGGCAAGAGCAGCCUGGUGAACCUACUCAGCCGGAAGCCUGUGUCCAUAGUGUCCCCGGAGCCGGGGACCACCCGCGACGUGCUGGAGACCCCCGUGGACCUGGCGGGGUUCCCGGCGCUGCUGAGCGACACGGCGGGCUUGCGCGAGGGCGUGGGGCCGGUGGAGCAGGAGGGCGUGCGGCGCGCCCGCGAGAGGCUGGAGCAGGCUGACCUCAUUCUGGCAGUGCUGGAUGCUUCUGACCUGGCCUCUCCGUCCAGCUGCAACUUCCUGGAUACCGUUGUCAUCCCCCCAGGCGCUGGGAGCCCCAGUGAGAACAGCCGGCGCCUCCUGCUGGUGCUGAACAAAUCGGACUUGCUGCCUCGAGGGGGCCCAGACCCCAGGCCCGACCUGCCCCCGCACCUGCUGCUGUCCUGCUUGACUGGAGAGGGUUUGAAUGGCCUCCUGGAGGCGCUGAGGAAGGAGCUGGCUGAAGUGUGUGGGGACCCGUCCACAGGCCCACCACUUCUGACGCGUGCAAGACACCAGCAUCAUCUCCAGGGCUGCCUGGAUGCCCUCGGCCACUACAAGCAGACAAAAGACCUAGCCCUGGCUGCCGAGGCGCUGCGACUCGCCCGGGGCCACCUGGGCCGCAUCACCGGCGGAGGGGGCACUGAGGAGGUCUUGGACAUCAUCUUCCGGGACUUCUGCGUGGGCAAGUGAGGGGACCACUGAA